AUGUCGGACUCGGACUGGGAAUCGGACUACAGCAGCUCAGAAGACGAGGAAGGUAAUAAAAGGUGUCCCCAUGAACGAUUCAGGCACGACUACGGUCUAUUCGGUGUUGGCACGCGCAUCCAGGUCGUCAUUGAUGCCUCUGCAAACUGCCUCGAAUGCAAACUGCUGUUGCAGGCCGUCUCCAAUUACAGACCCGGGUGGAUAGAGGACAACAAGGACAGCACCAGCAUCAUCUAUGUACAGAAGAGGAAGACAUAUACCGUUGAACUUCGUGAUGGGCCAAAGGAGAGCGAGACAAUCGGCUCGUUUCAGUUCGUUCACAGAUCCAAAGAUGAACCAAUGUACGAAACAGAAGAUGAGGAUUCCGGUAACAUUUUACGGCGCCCUCGGGCCCAAGGGCUGCAGGUCAUCCCAGACUCAUCAUCCCAAGCGGCAAUGGAUCGGGCGAACCAGUGGCUCUCGCACUGCCUCGAGCAUGACGACGCUUGUGAAGUGCCCAACAAAGACUUCAUGCCCAGGAUGCUCAUAGACGUUACUUCUCGGGACAGCUCUAAGGAUCCAUUCUUGUUCAAGCCGUCUGAAGUGGCGCCUUAUGCUUGUCUGAGCUAUUGCUGGGGUUCCGAUACAGAAGGCAUCUUACAAACGACCACCGAAAACUUAGAGUCUCACCACGACGCUAUUCCCCUCGCCAAGAUGCCUCUUGGUGUACAAGACGCCAUUACCGUGUGUCGUGGACUCAAGAUCCCCUACUUGUGGGUGGACUCACUUUGCAUUGUGCAAGAUGAUCCGGUCGCUUGGCUUGAGGAUGCGUCGCAGAUGGAUCGGAUUUAUCUCCAUUCCCGCCUCACUAUUGCGGCCCUGGAGCCAUCAAGCUGCAAAUCACGGUUUCUAGGCCCGCAGACAUUCGGACAACCUGGUUGGCAGCAACACUUCACAGCCGAUAUCACAUCCGAGCCAGAUGAACCGCCUCUGGAGAUUUUUAUACGACCCGAUUUCGAAGGCUCUAGCGAGGAGAAAGAAGAAGAGGUGAAGCGAUCCCUGGAUAAGCGAGGCUGGUGUCUGCAGGAAAGCCUGUUGCCGAGUCGGCGCCUAUGCUUCAGUGGAGAUGAGAUGAUCUGGGAGUGUCUCUGCCGGACAAUCUGCGAAUGCGGCCACAUCCUGUGGAAGCCCCAGCCGUUUGGCUUUGGGCGACUCGGAGCGCACCUCAAGGCCAAGCGCCUCAAAGCAGAGGUGGCGACAUCGCAUCCACAGCCUGCGCGGCCUUGGUACGAGGAGUAUCACGGCUACGACUAUUCGCGCAGCGGCGAUGGAUACCCCAAGACGCCCUAUAGAAGAUGGAGGGACAUUGUCGCGGAGUACUCACAGCGCUCUGUUUCCCGUCGAAAGGAUAGACUGAGCGCUGUGUCGGGGUUAGCAAAGCUCGUUCGCGAAGGGCUUCAGGCAGAUCACAAAGGUGAUGAUGGCGGGCCUCCUGAAGAGUAUCUGGCUGGUCUGUGGAGAGGCGAGUUUCAUUUCGACCUCACCUGGAUGGCCCAACACUCAGAAGCAAAGUCGGGGGAGAGCGGCAGUAGCAAGCGUGGCGACAAAGAGCAAGAGGCGUCGGAAGAAGACGAAAAGUUCCAGAUUCCGAGCUGGUCGUGGGCUUCUGUUGAGGCACCCGUCAAAUUCGAGUUUGAUCGGCCGCUGGAACUCUGGAAGUACGAGCCCGAGCUCGUUGAUCUCGUUGAGAUAGAGAGUGCUUCAUGUGAGAGGGAGCUCAAGCACGACGAAACCAGCGCCGUGUUGCGCGGCGAGAUCGUUCUAAGAGGUCUCGCAUCGCCCGUGAAGUUGGGAGUGGCGCGUGGAUCAGGAGAGGGACCGAAGGCAGUUGUGAAGUCUGCAAACUCGUUUUCCGUCGAAGUGACCUUGGAUCGGCCAGAUACUCUCCCCCGUGAGUCCAGCAAUUGUCAAACCGACGGCUGUCAGGAGGAGAACUGCCAACAUGAAGAAAGCAAGCAUCAAGACGAGGGGCUACUUUGCCUUGUCCUGUUUUCUUGGAUCGCCUAUACUGGCAGGUAUGACGGGAACAAGCCGAGAAUGAUGGGUCCGGAGACUUGGUUCCUAGUGCUGAAGCCGUCGGGUUCGGUUCCGGGGGCGUAUGAGAGGAUCGGUAUUGGAAUGCAUUCGGACAAUAGCGGUGAGCGAUGCGAGCUCUUUGAAGGCGGCGAGGCUGUUACAGUGAAGAUUGUAUAG